UAAAAAUAAUUGUCAAAGUCAAAAUAUGUGUCAACGUGUUUUGUUUUGAUUCAAGAUACGAUCUUAAAAUUUUCGAAUCUAUUUAUUUAAUCAAUCCUCUAAUAAAAUAUAUCCUUCCACAUCUUUUCAUCGUCACAACGGAAAAAACACGUAUUAAAAAAUGACGUAUAUACCAAACUGGGAAGAAUUUGAGAAGUCUGCCGAGAUGUUGUAUCUACGUGAUCCAAUAAACACACGAUACAGUAUGAAGUAUUCACACUCCAAAGGUGUAUUUUUAGUGAAAAUAACGGAUAACAAAAAGUGUCUUCAAUACAAAACAGAAGUGCAACAAGAUGUGAGAAAAGUUGAUAAGUUUAUCUCCAAUCUCAUGAGACAUAUGGCUUCAAAUGAUAACUAGUGCAAUGUUAAUAAAAUAUUUCUUAUGUUUAA